AUGUGGUUCCAGCUAUUUACCCUUACCGCUUUUAUACAGAUCAUUACAGCGGCACCAACAAAUGAUGGACAACGCGUUAUCAACGGAACAGACACCACUAUAGAGGAACACCCAUUUAUGCUGUCCUUAAGAGAUUCACUCGGAACUCAUAAUUGUGGAGGAACCAUUUUAACCCGCUAUUGGAUCAUGACGGCUGCCCAUUGCGUGGGAUCCAGCACCCCUAGUCUGCAAUCAAUUCAAGUUGGUCGAACGACCGUCAGCAUGGAAGAUGAUGAGUCGGUGUUCCAAAUAGAGCUAGUUAUUGUGCACCCAGAGUACGAUCCAUGGAAUAGUUCUGUUAACGACAUCGCAUUAUUGAAGUUGGUAAAGCCAUUAGAAUUCAGUGAAUCGAUUCAACCGGUGACUCUCCCUAAGCCGUACUUUGAGGUGGACGAAGCGGAUCUUGGGGUCACUCUUGUUGGGUGGGGUAUGAUAGACAUUGGCGUUUUUCCCGAUACUCUACAAAAGGUGGAUUACUAUGUAGUUCCAAAUGAUGAGUGCAACAUAGCUCAUGAAAGCAACACCAUCUACCCGAGCCAAAUCUGUGCAGCCGAGCCUGGUGGUGGCAAGGGACAGUGCAGUGGUGAUUCCGGUGGCCCAUUGUUACAUCAUGGUGUUCAGGUUGGAAUUGUCUCUUGGAGUGUCAAACCAUGCACAAUUGCACCAUAUCCAGGAGUAUUGACAAAAGUGUCACAUUAUAUCGAUUUCAUUUAUGAGCACACUGAUGUAGAACCGCCGACAGAUCCCCCAAAAGAAGAGUGUAACAAGACGCCUCUUCAGGAAACCGGAAAAGCUACUCAAGACUCUAUUGAUGAAGGUGCACAGCGCACAAGCCCGAGGGCCGAUCGACUUAAAACGUUCAUCCAGUUCGGAACAACGUUUGAAGAAACUCUGCGAUCACCUCGGCGCAACUCAUCUGUAUCAACAAUCAGGUUAAGGAGGUGCGACAUCUCGAGAAAUUUCGUUUCAAUAAACAUGAAGUUUUACGAAAUUUCUCACUGUCUUAAAUCCGAUCCGUUGGUAAAUGAACUGGCAACUUUGAAGCUUCCGAAUCAGGCCAUGCCGUAUGGAAAAAUCCCGGAUCGCUACUCGUGUCUGAAAGACUCGCCGGUGAUGAGUUACGCGUUGGAGGUACCUCGCAUGAUUAUCGGUUUAGAUAGCCUGCACGUGUUUGCUCCAUUGGAAACCCGUAUGGGUAGGCCUGGUCAACCGAUCGCUGGUGACCAAUUCGAGACAGGUCUACUGUGGCGUGAAGACGUAAGACCGGGCAGCUAUAUGAUCGGCGAUACUAAAAGAAUCGCGCUAGGUUAUGUCAUGGCGAUGUUCGAUCCCCAAAGCUUACUCUCUCCAUUUACCACCGUUUCGGCCGUAUGCUGGUGCUAG